ACAAUUUACCACUCAGGUUCCCUGAUUCUCUUGACAGCUGUCAGAGGUGCGGCUACCGCAUUUGUUGAGAAUGCUCCCUAACUUUAACAGCUACUUUUUUGCACUUCAACUUUUACUUUGUUUUGCUUAUGAGCUUGUGUGACGUUGACUACCGGCUGGUUUAUCUUUUUAUAUAUCUAACUUAAGCUGUAAUUUUAUGAUUAAAAUGAGAUAUGUUUUAUAAAUUUUAAAAUUGAACAAUAAAAUUACUCUUGUUUACUUAUUAUCUACUUAAGUAUGGCUAUUGCAACUGGUACAUCAUGUUUAUUGUCUACUUCCCUGUUUGUUCUUUUGUUUGCUGGAAUGCAAGUUUAUCGCUGGAGCCUUGCAUCUAGUCAGCUAAUGACAGUGUUUGGUGGUUUUCUAGGAUCCCUACUAUUUAUGUUUGCUCUGACAGCUAUUGGCAACCUUGAAAGUUUAACAUUUGGUAAAGGCUUCCAAACUAAACUGUUUCCAGAAGUACUGAUAAGUGUCUUAGUUGCUCUCUUUGCAUGCGGUCUCAUUCACAGAGUUUGUAUCACGACUUGUUUCAUCUUUUCAAUGGUGGCAUUGUACUAUAUGAACAGAAUAUCUACAAAGAUUUAUGGUAGUUCUGCGCCUCCAGCUGCUGUUGUAAUACCAGAGAAAAGGAAAAGAAAAUAGUUUUGCCAAUUUUCUAUUUGAUGGAUUUGUAAUAAAUACUUUUUUUCUUUUCCCAA